GCAGAGUUGCUGCUGUUGCUGCUGCGUGAGUAAGAUGGCGGCCGUUGCCGGGGACCGCGCUGAGGCGGGUUAAGCGCUGUCUCCCAGCUCACAGUAGACAGUGUUUAAAGCUUUCCUCCCUUCUUCUUCUCCCCCCCCUCCCCUGUGACUGCGCAUCGGGGAAAGCGCCUGUGGUGCGGGGCGUUGACAGUCGCCUGGUAACAGUUACUCUCUCUGCUCCCCUCCAUCCCACACCACCGCUCCUCCCUGUGCCGGCUCCCAGGCCUGGGGCCUUCCCCGGGCUCCGGAUGGACGCGCACGGCAGCAACGUGCCCGCUUUCCUCACCAAGCUGUGGACUUUAAUCGAGGAUCCCGACACCAACGAGCUCAUCUGCUGGAGCGCAAGUGGCAACAGCUUCCAUGUCUUUGAUCAAGGACGUUUUGCGAAAGAAGUGCUUCCAAAAUACUUCAAGCACAACAACAUGGCCAGUUUUGUGCGACAACUCAAUAUGUAUGGUUUCCGUAAAGUUGUAAACAUUGAACAAGGUGGACUUGUGAAACCAGAAAAGGAUGAUACGGAGUUUCAACAUGUAUACUUCAUCCGGGGACAGGAACACUUGCUGGAAAAUAUCAAGAGAAAGGUGACAAAUAUAUCAACAGUCAAGCCUGAAGAGCUGAAAGUCCGUUCAGAUGAUGUAGGUAAAAUUCUAAAUGAUGUCCAAAUCAUGAAAGGGAAGCAGGAAAAUGUGGACAACAAGCUGAUAAACAUGAAGCAUGAAAACGAAGCAUUGUGGCGUGAGGUGGCCAGCCUGCGACAGAAACAUGCCCAGCAGCAGAAAGUCGUAAAUAAGCUAAUUCAGUUUCUCAUUUCACUUGUGCAGUCCAACAGAGUCAUCGGUGUGAAGAGGAAAAUGCCUCUGAUGUUAAAUGAUAGCAGUUCCGCGCAUUCCAUGCCAAAGUACAGUCGCCCAUACUCCUUGGAACCCUUGCAGGAAACGGCAGCACUGACACAAACUUCUGUGAACUUUCCAGGAAACAGCUGCUUUUCACCCGAUAACUCGCUAUCGUCUGGUCCAAUUAUUUCGGAUAUCACGGACUUGGCGCAGUGCAGCCCUUCACUCUCCCCGCCUCUUCACAUGGAAAGAAUCAGUCCUCUGCUCAAUAUUAAAGAAGAGCCUCCAAGUCCAAUAGCUCAUCCGGAAAUUGAGGUGGUCUGUCCUGUUGCCAUCGGCACUGAAGAGGCCCUUUCUCCAUCAACCUUCAUCGAUUCCAUCCUGGAGGACAACGACGUUAGCACUGCACAACCACAACCUGAGGACCAAUGUCUCAGUGUGGCUUGCCUUGACAAUUUGAUUCAAGCCCAGCAGAUGCCAGAAGUCAAUUGUGUUAUCUCCAGUCUUUCUUCCUCUACUCAUCCCAGAGCACUGAUAGGAAAUGAUCUCUACAAUCACUUGGAUCGAAUUGAUUCCAGCCUGGAUAACCUACAGAACCUGCUGUCGGGGCAAUCUUUCAGCAUGGAAUCCAGCACACUUUUAGAUGUCUCCUCCUGUCUGCAGCUGUUCAGCCCGUCACUGUCUGCUGUCGAUCUGAAUUUGCCAGAUGUGGAAGGUAACCUUGCUGCAAUGCAGGAUCUUUUGGGCUCACAGGAACAGAAGUGUUUAGAGACACAGUCAAACACGGCAGAUACAGGCAAACAGGUUGUCCAGUACAGCGCGCCCCCUCUGCUGCUGCUCGACUCCAACUCCAACGACGCAGGAGACCUCCCCGUCUUAUUCGACGCCGGAGAUUCUCCGUUCUUCUCGCCGGAUGAGAGCCUCACGGACGACGACCCACUCUCCCUCAUAUCAAGCACCAACCUGACACACACAAAGGAUCCUUGCAUCUCCUAACUGUAGGAGCAACCCUCUCCCCUCCCCCUCCCCCUCCCCCUCCACCUCCCCAAACAUGCCAGGUGGUGGAAUAUUCAUUCGGGUCACAGCUUUCUGCUGCAGGAAAGGAUGCAGUACAAAAGAGUGAAACUGUACCUUUCAAUAUUUAAUUUUGAUGAACAGUUUGUGUUACUAACCUGACAUUCUCAUGGCAAGAACAGCCCCAGGUACUGUAACGGAGAAGAGUAUCGUAGGGUUCCUCCUCCUGUUACUUGCGAGACGGACAAGAUGAUUGAUUGCAGCCUGCAAUGCUAUAGUCUUGUUUCUUAGCGCCUCCCACCCGCCAGCCCGCCCCAUGCACCACCCCUCCUCCCCUUGGGAGACGGAGAGCAGUUAGAUCUCGCUCCGGAUAAAGUCUGAGGAAAUGACGAAAGCGCCCUGAUUUUCAUCCUGGGUGGGGGGAGAGAAUAAUUCUUGAUAUCUUGUUUAAUUUACUUCUGUGCUGCCCCUCCUCUCCAAGCAAGAAUUUCAUUGUCCUAUGUGGGACACAUGACAAUAAACUCUCUUGACUUGACUUGACUUGACACCCCCACCCUCCCCAACCCCUUCCUCCACCUUCCCUCCAUGGUCCUUGUUUUUUUUUGUAUAUUUACACAUUAAUCCAGUUGCUGAUUACUGAAGAUGUAUUUUUUGAUUCAUAUAUUAAAAAAACGUUUUUUAAAAAGCCAA